GAAUAGCAGUCACACCUCAUCAACACCUUCCCCUAACCCCAACUUGAUUUGUCAUUCUCGACGCGCAAUCACUCAGCAGCACAGGCAGCAGCAUCCACUCUCCAUCCAUCAACCACCAACCAGCAAAGAUGGCACGUCGACCUGCAAAAUGCUACAGGUACUGCAAGAACAAGCCAUACCCUAAAUCUCGCUUCAACCGAUCCGUCCCAGACCCCAAGAUCCGCAUCUACGAUCUGGGUCGUAAGAAGGCCGGUGUCGAUGAGUUCCCACUCUGCAUCCACCUCGUUUCCAAUGAAAAGGAACAACUCUCGAGUGAAGCACUGGAGGCUGGUCGUAUUACGUGCAACAAGUACAUCAGUAAGACAACGGGCAAGGAUUCCUUCCACAUGCGUGUGCGAGCUCAUCCUUUCCACUGCGUGCGUAUCAACAAGAUGUUGUCGUGCGCCGGUGCAGAUCGAUUGCAGACAGGUAUGCGUGGUGCUUGGGGAAAACCAGCUGGUCUUGUUGCCCGUGUCAAUAUCGGUCAAGUGAUUUUCAGUGUGCGUUCGCGUGAUAACAACAAGGCUGUUGUCAUUGAAGCACUACGCAGGUCUUCCUACAAGUUCCCGGGACAGCAAAAGAUUGUCAUUAGCAAGCGUUGGGGAUUCAGUGACUUGACUCGCGAGGAGUACGUCGAGCGCAGGCAGAAGGGAAACAUCAGGCCCGACGGCGCCUUUUGUCAGUACCUCUCACCCCAUGGACCAUUGGAGGAGAACAUCCGCAACUUCCCAAAUGCAUUCUAGAGUUUCUCUCAGUAGCAUAACCAUGACUCUUUUUCCUACUAUCUGGGACUGCUUCUUUUGCUUCGGAGGCCGGAGUCAAGCCGUUCCGAUCUCUUCCUCUAUUUUAUGUGUAUCAAGAGUGAUAGAAAUAGUUUAAGCUGGAGGCCAUGAGAGAGAAGAUGCUGAGAUGUCUUUACUGCAUCCACGAGUCAUCUCCAUCCACAGUAACACAAAUAGCCGUGCAUCAGUAGCCCGUUUACCCCAUAUU